AUGACUCAGCCUUUGUGUUGGAGCUUUUGGUCCACCCACGAUAGGUCUAAAUAUGUGGGAGGAUCGGGAAAUAAGGAUGAAAAUCAGAAAAUAUCAAACUUCGGGGAGAAACACCAUGCAGUGACUGCAAGGACACAAUAUAAUGCUGGGAGACGUAAUGACGGAGAGGGUGCACAACUCAUUAAUAAUACCGAAGGGAGGGAGAACUACACUGAUAUCGAUUUUGGUAUCUCACGUGUAUGGGUGAUUGUAAGCAAUGCAACGACAUACAAAAGUGCAGCAAAAAUCCAGACAAUUAGUCAACGGUAUAGCAACGAAAAUCUUGUCUACAUUAAUGACAUACAAGGGAGUUGGAGAACUGGAAUGUCUCAAAAGGAGGUCAUCAUAUUCCGCUCAGGUUAUUUCUCGACUCUGGAACAUAUCAAAAAAGAUUUCGAUGAACUCUAUGAUCAUUUACAAACUCACACGAAACUUUGUUUGGUUUUUGAUAUUUAUGAAGACAAAUGGCGACGUCUUGUAAACGACAUUAAAUUGAUCCAACUUGCUAAAAUGAUUUACAUUCCGUAAUAAACAAAGUAAUAUUACAGAAAAACACAGAUGUUUAAAUAACAAUGGUACACGGCUACAGCAAGAAGAGAGAUGGAAGAAUAUUUUCCCACACAUCUAGGAAAACUUUUUAGGUGAUCUUUGAGGAUUUGACAGAUGCAGUUAUUUUAUAAAACAAAGAGCAAAGACGAUGCUGUUGACUUUUGAGCUUGAGGAAUGCCGUGUAUAUUGACAUGUUUAAUACGAGUGUUUUCCUAGAUUCAAGUGACAUGCAGUCUACAAUAAUCAAGACAUAAAAUAAUCUUCAACUUGUUCUGAAACAUUUUACAAGAUGAAUCUUAAUUUUGGACAUACAUUAUAAAUACCUUAAUCUUAACGACUUGAA